AUGAAAAGCUUCGUUGCCAUGGCGGCUUUCGCCGCCGGCACAAACGCUCUCGUCGGCCGCACUGACAACUGCUGCUUCCAUCUGACCUCAACCGGAGAUCUUUCCGGAGACCUCGGGCAGAUUGGAGAUGGCCAGGUUCGCAUUGGCGAUAACACACUGCCACAAUCAUCCUUCUGCAUUGAUUCCAAUGGUGGAAUCAGCGACUCAUCUGGUCGUGGAUGCAUCAUCACCCCGCCAACUACUCAGUUCCAGUGUGAUGAGGGCGCUACGCCCACCCCUGGCUUCUCGGUCUUGUCUUCGGGCCAGCUGGAGUUCAAUAAUACUGCGGCCUUUAUUGCUUGCCAGACUGGUCAGAAUGGUGGUCGUAAUGUUUAUACGACCAACAGUACUUCGGUUACUGGGUGCUCUGGUAUCCAGUUGAAUGCUGACUCGUGUUCUGGAUCUGGUCCUGGCUCUGGUGGCACUCCGCCUGGUGGUGCUGCACCCUCUGGCGGCGCUUCCCCUGGCGGAAGUGGAGGUAGUCCCCCGGGUGGCACCUCGCCUGGCGGUUCUGCUCCUUCUGGUGGUGCUUCCCCUGGUGGAGAAUCCCCUGGAGGUGUUGGCCCCAGUGGCACUUCGCCUGGUGGAAGCUCACCAUCUGGCGGUACUUCACCUGGAGGCACUUCACCUGGCGGUACUUCACCUGGCGGCACUGCACCCUCUGGCGGUGCUUCCCCCGGCGGAGAAUCUCCUGGAGGUGGAAGCUCACCUGGCGGAAGUUCACCUGGCGGCGGCUCUGGAUCUUCCGGAAUGACUCCCGGUGGUGGCAGUGGUUCACCUGGUGGUGGAUCUCCUGGAACUUCUCCUGGUGGUGGUAGUGGUUCUCCCAGCGGUACUUCCCCUGGAGGAGGCUCACCUGGCGGUGGCUCUGGAUCCCCUGGAACUUCCCCUGGAGGUGGAAGUGGUUUCCCUGGAGGUGGCUCGCCCAGUGGUAGCUCCCCUGGCGGUAGUUCUCCUGGUGGUACUUCCCCUGGUGGAGGAUCUUCUGGAGGAGAGUGCACGACUCAAAUUUGCAGCUGUCCUGCGCCUGGCGGUAGUUCCCCUGGUGGUAGUUCCCCUGGCGGUAGUUCUCCAGGUGGCAGCUCUCCUGGCGGUGGUAGUGGUUCACCUGGCGGAGGCUCACCUGGUGGUGGCUCUGGCGGUGGCUCUCCGGGUGGAGGUUCGCCUGGAGGAGGUUCUUCUGGUGGUAGCUCUCCUGGUGGUGGUUCUCCUGGCAGUGGUUCACCCGGUGGAGGCUCUACAGGCGGUGGCUCUCCAAGUGGAGGUUCGCCUGGUGGCAGUUCUGGUGGUGGCUCUCCUGGAGGCAGCUCUCCAGGUGGUGGUUCUGGCGGUACCCUACCUGCCCGGAAGCCCACCUUCUGGCGGAGGUGGAGGCUCUCCCGGUGGUGGUAUCAGUUCUCCCGGCGGCGGCUCACCAACCUCAAUCCCUGGUGGUGGCAUUCAACCAUCAAGCUCCGGUGGUUCACAGCCAACUGGCACUGCCAGUGGUCCAAUGGUACCGUGACGUCGACAGUCUCGAGUGUUUUCAACUUCGACAUCCCGGCCUCCGACACUGGAAAGACGUGCAGUCUGGUCUUCCUCUUCCCCAAGCAGCAGGAUCUUGAGACCUCGUCAUUCACCUUCAGUGGUGAUGGGAAGAUCGACUUUGCCAAGUUGUCUCGUGCUGUGAGCACUUCGACCACAUUGAGCAACCUUCCUCCUGUUAGUCAGGAUCUGGGGACGAUCACUGUUUCCCCGGGCAAUUCGUAUGUCGUUUCGACAUUCCCUUGCCCUAGUGAUCAGAGUGUUGCCUUUGAGAUGAAGAAUGCUGGAAGUACUGAGUUGAAAUUCUUUGAGGAUUUCAAUCCAUCUCCGCUGGGUCUGUUCAUCACCGUGUGCUAA